AUGGAGACGGGCAGGAAAGCGAAAAGACUACGAGGAUGGCAGCGACAGAAGGUUGAAGCUGAGGUGGCAGCUGGCGAAGCAGCGAGCCCAGACCCCUGGGAAACGGGUCUGGGCUCUGAUCCUUGCGAAAUGGAUCAGGAGCCGAGUGCCUUGAGCACUCGGCUCCUAGAGCUGUGGUGCAAGGGCUUGGUGUCAGCUACGAUGGUAGCUGACCUGGCCCGUUGUGCCACUUUAGAUGGAGCAGGCCAUCCGGAGUUGGUGGCUCUGGGCCAAGCAGGCUCCUUCAGCAGGCAUAAAGGGAACAUUUCCCGAGACCUGCUCCGGCUCCUUGGUAAAAGGAGCCGGAUGACCCCUGCCCACUUGCUAAAAGUGCAGUGCCUCGACCCGAAGUCGGGCACUAAGGACAGUGCCCAGGCCGCCAUGAUGUUGCCGCAUGUUGUGUUUGCAGAACUGGGGCAAUUUUAUCCGGACGAGUUUCAUGCGGUCUUCGCGACUUCGGGUUUGGCGAGCUUCUGGGAUGGAGUGGAAGGUGUCCAGGACGACCGCCUGGACAUGCACCCUAUAGCCCUUGAUAAAAGGGUUCAAAAGAAAGAUCGGACGAUCCCACUCUACAUCCACGCCGACGGAGUGGAGUACCAGCAGCGAGACAGUUUAAUGUGCUGGUCCUGGGGGUCCUUGCUGAAUCAGAAGUCGAGCUUGGACUCCCACCUUCACAUGGCCGUGUGGCCGAAAUCGGCCACCAGCGAGGACACAUGGACCCCGAUGUACGAGUUGAUGCGGUGGUCCUUCGAAGCCUUGCUAAAAGGCUUCCACCCAACGGCGGGUCCGAAUGGCGAGCCCUUGGUAAAAGAGUUCGCCAAGUUCGCCGAAGACGCCGGGAAGCCCUUGUUUAAAGGGUACAGGGCAGUCAUUUGGAGUAUUCAAGGGGAUCAAGACUUCUACUCCAACGUUCUGCACUUGCCGCAUUGGAACAACAAGUUCCCUUGUUUCGAGUGCGACUGCCAGCGACCGGUGUUCAAGAAGCAGCCGUGUCCACUUGGUAAAAGUGUGAAGGAGCUCAGGUGGGAGAAGCAAUCCUACGAGCACUUCGACACGGCUGCCGCCUUGAGAAAAGGCGAAGCCGCCUUGGGAAAAGGCGGCCGCUCCCAUCCCCUCUUCUCCAUUCCUGGAGUGACGACACGAUUAGUGCGACACGACGCCUUGCAUGUCGUUUACGGCAAAGGCGUCGGGAGCCAUCUCCUUGGCUCCUUGUUGCACUAUUUGUGUUACUACGAGGGCAAGGGAGCCACAUGCUCGGUGCCGCCGGCUCAGAGAUUGGGGGUCGUCUUCUCUGAAGUGCAGAAGGUCUACCAGGCCAACAAGACUGCUUGCCGCCUCACAAAUCUUCGGCUGUCCAUGUUCUGCGACCCCCUUGCUCCGUACAAGUCGCACCCUUUCCUGGGAGUCAAAGCAGCAGAGUUGAAACACCUUGCCCCGGCUUUGUUGCCUGUGCUCAAGUCGCUGCUCACGGACCUUGGUAAAAGGCACGAGCAGCAGAUGAAGCAGUGCCUACAAGCUUUCUGUGACCUCAACGACCUCUUUGACCAGGCACCCAUGUUUCUUUCCGAGGAAGAGUACAACAGAGCCUGGGACCUGGGCAUUGAUCAAUUCUGCGGGCUUUAUGCGGACUUGCAUGACUGGAGUAUCCUUGAGGAAAGGAACCUCUUCCAUGUCGUGCACAAGCACCACAGCUACCAGCACAUGAUCCUGUCCUCUAAGGACAUGAAUCCCCGCUUCCACUGGAACUUCCGGUCCGAAGACUACGUGGGUGCCAUGUCCCGCAUAGCACACAGCACCGCCUUCGGGCUCAAGUCUACACGGAUCAGCUGCAAAGUGGCCGAUAAGUGGAAGCUGCUGCUGCACUUCCAGCUUACAAGGCCGGGCUUCUGCAUUGGCAAGGAAGAGGAGGAAGAAGACCCUUGA